ACCGUGCAUUUCGUAUGCUCUCUCUCGGACUUUAUCCAUACUCGUACGUAAAAAGCCGCCACCAAAAUGAAAUGGAGAAUGAAAAAAUUAAAAAGCUUCAUGUCCACAAAAGAAAUCCACAAGAUGCAUUUUUAGGAAAUGAUAUUUUGAUCAACCCUAAAGACUUUCCUGAUGUUGUUCUCCGAGAUAUUUUAGAGAUUCAUCAUUCUGAUAGUGAUAAUAGCCGAUUACUGCUACAGGUGACAACAGUGACUGGUGAAUUUCAACAGAAAGAUACCAUUAGUAUAGAACAUUCCAUAGCAACUUCCUUCCAUCUAAAGCCAUACAAUAAUGUUGUUGUCAAAAAGGUCGAUCCAAAGGCAGUUGCUUUGGAUCUGGUUGAACUGUUAUUUAAAGACCAGUAUUUCAGUAGAAGUGAUUUCUGGCGACUGAGAGAUAGCCUAUCCAACACAUGUGCUUACUUAAACAUGAAGUUGGAAGCCUACGACAUGAGAGCACAAGUUUAUGAGUUAUGGUCAAAAGGAGAAAGAGUAACAUGCGGUGUGAUUAAUUCAGAUACAAGGGUAGUUUUUCGAUCUUCAACCUCAGUUGUUCAGAUAUUUAUACAGAUGAGUUCUGAGAUGUGGGAUUUUGACCUGUAUGGAGAUUUAUAUAUAGAAAAAGCUGUCGAUGGAUUCCUCACAGAUUUGUUUGCUAAAUGGAAGGACCAGAACUGUCUUCAUGAUGUGACGAUAGUCUUAUUCUCUAGAACAUUUUAUGAGGCACAGUAUAUAGAAGAGUUUCCAGUAUUCAUGAGAGACUGUUUACAAGUUGACUAUAUGGGAAGAUUUUAUGAGGAUUUUUACAGAAUUAUCAUACAAAAUGAACGAUAUGAAGAUUGGACAACAACAAUUAAAAAAUUACGGAAAUGUAUAAACCAGUAUCAAGAUUAUGUUUUAAAAUACCACGAAAGACCUGGUGAAAAAAUCCCUAAGGCCUAUAACUCUACUGCUGCCCAAGGAAACUUCCUGGAAACACUCAAUAUGACACUUAAUUUGUUUGAGAAGUAUUACUUUGACAGAAACUUUGACCGGACAGGUAAAGUGGCUGUGGUCAUCACACCUGGACCUGGAGUGUUUGAGGUGGACAGACAACUGACCAAUAUAACAAAACAAAGAACUAUUGAUUGUGGUGUAGGGAGCGAUUUAGUUUGUAUGGGAGAACAACCGUUACAUGCAGCACCACUAUUUAAGUUUCACAGUAAAAGUCAGAAGUCAGAUUUAGAAGUUGGGGACGAUUACAAUAUACCACACUGGAUGAAUCAUAGUUUUUAUAUAUCUAAACACCAGUUAGAAGCUAGACUACAAGGAUCAUUUGUACCAAGGAUAAAACCACCUCCAGAAAUUUUCAAGCCAAAGCCAAAAAGCAAAGACAGAAACUCUGAAUUAAUCCACUCACCACAGUCUGUACAUAAUGAUGAAGAUAAUUUUCCAUUUGUGGACUAUGAUGAAUAUGAUGCUCAGAUAUUUAAAGUACCUGUUCCAAGCUUUGGGCUGGGUGAAAGGAAAAGAAUAAUCAGAUUUCAAGGUAACAAAAAUACUAUAUCUACUUUGGCUGAAGCUAAGCGUCUUCGUCAACCAAGAGAUAGACACAUAUCUGAUGACUUUGCUGGACUAGCACUGGAGAAAUCUGAAGGUCGUAGUCAAGGAACAAGGUCACCAGCUAUAAAUAUCCCAAGGUCACCAAGUGGAGAAGAAGUAGCAUAUUCUGUUGGAUGUUAUCCUGUUAUUGACAAAAAGUUGUCAUUUGAAUCUACAGACAGUGAAGAGACAAUCAAGUUGAAGCCUCGAGUGGGGAGUGCUGGAUCGCCUGUUAGUCAUUCUAGGGCACAACAUCAUGUCAAGUCACGUCGUGCUCUCAUCAACCCUUUUGCUCCAUCAAGGAUGCAGUUCAAAAUGACAUCCUACAGGAGAAGAUGGGUACAUGCUUUUCCCAGAGAUUUACGUGGAGCAGCGGUACAGACCCAUCAUAUACAUACAAGUACAACUGAUGCAAUAGAAGAAGAACAUAGUCUGCCAACAAGAGAAGUUUUACAGGGUGCACAUUUAGCAUUAGAAGCCAGAAAAACAAAGCUGUUUUCAAGACAAAGCAGUAAUGAUUUUGUGGAUGGUCCUGGAAAUGAAGGACGAGACUCUGGAGGUAGCAGUUUAGGUUUAUCUCCCCUUCAUUCUAGUUACCAAGGAAACACUGAUCCACAUUGGCCAUCAUCUACAGGAUCCUCAGUGUUCAUGAACGACUUAGGUUCAGUGUCCGGGCGAAGUAAAUCAGCUAAAGACAAAUCGUAUCUGUGGGGUCCCACAGGGGAGCAGGAAUGGAGUCCAGAAAUGACAACAGGUACUGAUUGGCGGCCAGCCGAAAGUCACAGAAAUAUUCAGUCAGAGUCAUGUUUGAUUAAACCUCUGCUAGGGACUGAUUUUCAGUCCAAAAAUUUUUGUGCCGGAAUAAGUGUUGAUUGGAAGUCAUUGACCAUGCCAGCCUCUCUACCAAUCACAACAGACUAUUUCCCUGAAAAACAAAGUCUGACCAAUGAUUAUGUGGUAUCGGAUUAUAACCUGCUUCCAGAAGAUGUUAACUUUGAUAUGAACCAAUCAGAUUCAGAUAAAAUCAAUCCUAAGAAACCCCUAUCAACUGUUCAAGUUUUCAGAGAAUUGAUAUCAUCUAGGUUGGCACAGGGAUUCCAAAUUAUUGUCCUGUCAGCUAGUACAAGUCCUGUAUCCCAGUCUAAACUGGUACCAGGUCAGCAGUACUCCAUGGGGCUAAUGAGAGCUAGGCCAAGACAGGAACCUUCUGAGGAGUAUCAUCUGAGUAUUGGAAGGAUAUUUCACAAGAUUAGAAGAGUUGGAUCAACAAUAACUGUCACUAGAUAUAGACCAAGACAUGAGCAGCCCACCUUGUCCUACUCCUACAGAUAUAGGUUUAAGGUACCAGAUUCUCUGGGUUAUGAUGUCUCGUGGAGUGAAUUUAAAAAUGAGAAGUUAGAGAACUACAACUGGAACUACUUUGAUCAAUACAUAUGUACACAUGGGGAAGGAGAUUUUGGUCUGUUAGAGUCAUUGAAGUUCUGGAGAAGCAGGUUCUUACUAUUACCUAUCAAUAUACCAGCCACGAAGAAAAUUAUUGAUGGCAAUGACAGGUGUGAUAUCUACACAGAGAUAUCGGAUACAGAUACUGGUAACUAUGUACAUGGCUUCAUCAGAUAUCUGGAAACUCUGAAUAAACUUAAGAGGACUUCACAGGAAAGAAGGUUAAAGCAUGCCAGUAGUAUUAAUUCUGGUGAUCAAGUCCAAAGUCCAGCACCACCACAAGGGGAGACAACUAAACAAUCAGAUACUCCACAGACAAGGCAAAAAGAAACAGUAACAGGCAGCACUCCAUCAAUAAAAAUUGCAGAAAUAAUGGUUGAUAAUCAAUUUGGUUUACCAUUACUGUCUAAACAACCAGGAUUACCCCACAACUGUUUUAUAGCUGAGGAAGCUGUUAAUUGGUGUGUACAGGAAGUAGAGGGCAUUAAAACUAUCACAGCAGCUAUAGUAUUAAUGCAGAGAUUAAUUGAUGAUCAGGUGAUUGUGCAUGCCUCAGGAAAUCCUAAACAUAAAUUUAUCUAUGGCUUCUACUUGUACUGUGUUAUUCCUAACAAAGAAAAAGCUCCAGAAUUCAUGGUUUAUAACAGUACUUUUGAGAAUGAGUGGUGUGAAGUUGUGGUAUCAACGUCUAAUAGGAAUCAAUCAAAGGAUAAAUUUCACCUAGGUGAUGACGGAUCCUCAAGACCAUAUGAUAAUAUAAUAGAUGCUGAAAAUGAUGAUUGGAGAACACAGACGGGAUUGUCUUUUAGGAGUCAAGGCUGGGGUCAACAAUCAGCUGUAGAAUUAGCAGUAAAUGCUACGUUGACCCACAAGUAUGUGAGUGUGGAUGUAGAUUUUAAUGGUCGAAGUGAUCGACCAGAAUGGGCCACAGCCAGGUACCAUGCAUACUAUAGUCCUCAUUGUGCUUGGGAGCUAGAACUUCAGUGGGUGGUGGCUACUGGCAGUAUACUGGCUGAACUGGUAUCAACUUGGUAUAGAAAAGCAAGACCUUGUGGUUUUCAGUUCCUACCUGUUCCUGUUGAUCCAUUUGCCUUGCCCACAGCACCUGAUUCUGAUCCUUUGAGAGGACCAAUAUUCUUACCCUUAAAUAUUGCAUGCAUGUCUAAUGGGGGCAAAGGUAUUUUCCAUGGCUAUGACCAGGAUAUAAAGACACAAAAGUUGAAGCACUUCCAACAGUCAAUUAUUAAAAGAUAUGGUUUCAUGCCUUUUUCUGUGAUGGCUAAACCUUCAGGAUACCCCCCUAGUCCAAAUCCAUCCUCCUCUGGGUCUUCACCUAGUCAGAACGAAGAACAAUAUGUACACUGCUCUGGAGGAAUGUUUGUAUUGAUAGAGGACAGUCAAACAACCUCUCCUACAAUGAAGGAGGCCCCGUUUGUGUACGGUCACAAGAAAAAGUCAGCAUCACAGUUACGGAAAGAUUAUAUAGCACGCCAAACAAGUCGCACAAAUCAACAUGAUGAUCAACAUUGGAAUAAAAUUGGGUUUUUGUGGUCGUGGAAUUAUAUGUUGUCCAAAAAGUGGCGGACAUCGCACACAGGGGAUGAACAUUUUCAGGACAAAAUGUUGGCAGAUUUCCGUGAGUUUUGUUCCAACAAAGAUGACAGAUUGAAAGAAUACUGGCAUGAUUAUAAAUUAGACAAUCCUGUGUGAUAAUCUAUUGUGAUGAAGUAACACAAGAUGUCCAGGCAUUAGUUGGUGCAUUAUGGACAUUUGAAAUACAUAUCAUUUCAAAAUAGUGCUUAUCCACUAAAACUAAACUAUUAAUAAGCUGUUCAAUUACAUUUUGAUAUGAUGUGGAUUUAUUUUUACUAUGUGGAUAUGUGAAGAAGUUGGAUAUAAAUGUAAGUUUCAAGGAAUCGUAGUUUUGUUUUUAAAUUCGAAACAGGGACUCAUAGAUUUUCUUUUUGUUUAGUAAAAAAACUUAAAACAUAAGAAAAUUUGUUUAUUUCUUUCAUAUGUGGAAGAUAUCCCAGGUCAUCUUAGACAAGAUGAAGAAAACUUAUUUACCAAAUUAGAUUUUAGAAAUAUAAUGAAAACACAUUCAUGUUUUAAUUUUCUGAAACCAGUUGUUAUGAAAUUUUGUAUAUUUCAAAUAAAUUCAGUUAUUUAUCCACCAGCUUUUCAAACCUCCUUAAUUAUAUUUGUCUUUUCUCCCUGUAGAUUUUUAUGUAUAGAUUUGCUACACAACUGAUUUUUCCAUAAUUUUCUUGGGAUAUUCUAUUAACAUUUCAACAUAUUCAAAUUCAAAUAAUAAUUUUUAAGGAAUUUUUGAAAUAUAUGUUUGAAUAUAUAAAUUGAUAGCAAUAAAUUAUUUAAAUGACAUUUCAAGAACAAAGCUUCAAAUAAUCUAUUUCAUUAUUUGGGUUACAUCUGUAGAGUGGGGCGCUCAUAUUUGCCAUGGACACAAUUUCGCCGUUUUAUGAUUUCGAGUUGCAAAACUUCAAAGGAUGGUUGAAAUGGAAGAAAUAUGCCUGUAAAUUAUAUUUUAAAACAAAGAUGAUUAUUUUUGAAAAUGAGACUAAGUUUCGGCACUUACCGCAAAAGACUGAAAAACGGAAAUUUAGUUGAUAGAUAUUGUUUAAAGCUGCAGUUAUUUGGUUUUAAUUAGAUGUGUAAAAACCGUGAAUAUGUGUCCCCCAUAGACAAAACAUUAGGAAAUUUCAAACACCCUUUAAUCAAACUUUUCAGAUGAUUUUUCUCAAAUCAAACACGUUUUAAAGCUAAGAAUAUUUUGCAUGUGAAGUUAUCUUCAUAUAGAAAUAUCAGUAUACUUCAAAAACAUGAAGACCUGAACAUAAACCGAAGAAAAAAUGGAAAGAUGUGGCGAAAAUGAGCACCCCACUCUAUCACAGUUAAGAAAAAGUAAAAAUUAGAAUUGCUAAGAUUAUUUGCUCCUUACGUGGGAAAUAAACCCACUUGUCAUGUUUAUGGUCUUGAGGGAGACCUCCAUUCUGGUUUAAAAAUUAAAUACUUAAGGUCAAUAUCUUGAAAUUGUUACAUAUACAUUAUGUUUCUUUUUAUCGCAUUCCUGCAAGAAUGAAAAUGGUUGUAUUUGUUAUGGAAAA